AUGAAUUCCACUAACGACCAUCAAAGCCCCAACAGCCACACAGCACAAACGGAGAUGAACAAUAAUGGUACAAAGAAGCAAAGAGUUAGAUUCAACGAAGGGGUCCUGCAGCGAUCGGUUCCAAGCCUGCGGGACUACAGUCAAGAAGAGAUUGAACAAUACUGGUUAAGCGAAAAAGAGAUGACCAAGACUUUGGACCGCAUCGCCAAAGUUGCGCAACGAAUGGAAUCUGGCAAGAAACCCCGUCAUGGAUCGUCCUACAGAGGCUUAGAGAAUGCAACUGUGGAAGGUGAAACCGAAUACUUCUACAACGUUCAAGACGUUGUGGAAUCAGUUCUAUGUGAGCAAGAGCAACAAUAUAAUAAAAAUUUCAGCGACGAAGACCUCAUCGCAGAAGCAUCAAAAUUGUACAGCGACGUUACACUAGCGGUAGCAUUGAGAAGGGCAAAGUCUGAUGCCCGAGAGGCCAAGAAAGCUUAUCGUCAAAUGGAGGACAUUCUUUCCUACAACCCAUCAUCAUGUGCUGAGGAAGGAUCAUCAUCAUCCUUCUGCUGCACCGACGAUGAUCUUGUGCCCAUCCUCAAGACUGGAAAGGACGUUUUUCUACCAAAAGAAGCCCACUUGGAGCCAUCCAAAUUCCAACCGAAGAGAGCAUUCUCGUGUUCUUGA